AUGCCGACCCAAUGUAGAGCUGAGUGUCCUGCAAGCGAAACUGCCAGCUACAUUAUACAACACUGCAUCUUGUCUCACGGUGGCAGAGUGCGGCGGCAUGAUACAGUGCUGAACAUGUUGGAAAUUGCUCUCCAUAAGAAAGGAUACAGGGUCACAAAGGAAAAAAUGUUUAUUGGUAAUAAACGAAGGCGGAAACCAGACCUGGUGUGCUCAGAACCAAGCGGUGCCUUCAUUAUAGAUGCACAGGUCGUCGGAGAUAACCCUAGCACCACUCACUGG